GCGAAGGAUGGCAAGCCAAACACAUAGGUUACCAAUCCAAGAAUAAAUGGACAUGAAAGGGAGAAGCUGCCUGCUUCCAAAGAAACGCAAAUAAUGGAAAUAUUUCAGUUUCCAUUUCCUCUGAAGAGCAGUUUUUUCCUCUGAAAUCCAAGGAUACCUUCCCAGCUUGGUCUGACGAAGCCCCGUCCCACUGAUAGACAGCAGUGUGGAUGACUAGCGACUCAUUGUGUCCAAGAGACUGAAUAAGACGACCAAACACGCAGCCAAUCUAGCAUUGUAUGACUGAAAGGACUCGUCAAUUGUCUUCGGAAAGACACUGCCACUCAUCAUUCACAGCCGUUCAUUGUUUUUUCUAAGAAAUCCCGGAGUGGUGGGAUGUUUUCGUGUUGUGUUUCUUCUUAGGGUUUCAAAGAAAACAAUCCAGGGAGGAAGUAUGGGUGAAGUUCAAGACGUCAGGGAUGUUAAGAAGACCUUCGUUGCUCCAUCGAUAAAGUCUUUCGAGCACUAUGACUUCUCCCGAGCCAAAAUCUGUUGCAGCCUCACAUGGCUGGUGGCCAAAGCGUACGGGACAGACAGCAUCCCUGCAGACCUAAAGGACCCCUUCUACACGGACCAGUAUGAGCAGGAGCACCUGAAGCCUCCUGUGACCAGCCUCCUGCUGUCUGCGGACCUCUACUGCAGGGCCGGCAGCCUCAUCCUGAAGAGCGACUCUCCAAAGCCACUGCUGGGACACGAUGCCGUCAUUCAGGCGCUGGCUCAGCGUGGCCUCUACGUCACCGACCAAGAGAGACUGGUGACUGAGAGGGACCUUCGAAAGAGGCCCCUGCAAAUGAGCUCUCACCUGGCAAUGAUCGACUCUCUGAUGAUGGCGUACACAGUAGAGACGGUGAACGUUGCGAAGGUGAUGGCCUGCAUUCGUCAGUAUUCGGCGUGCGACCCUGAGGUGGAAACACCUUAUGAUACAGAGGAUGCAGUGACCACCUGGAUCAACAAGGUAAAUGAGUAUCUGAAAGACAUCGUGGUUCAGGAGCAAAGGAAGAGUGAGACGCAGAGCGCAGAGCCUGCUGGGAGUCCUCGGUCUCCAACCAAGUGGUACAUGAAGCUUGUGCCCGCUCGCUACAGGAAGGAGCAGGCGUCGACCCAGCUGGUUCCCUGGAUCCCAGUGGACAACCUGCUGAAAGACAGCACGGACGGCUCGGCCCUGGCUGCUCUGCUACACUUCUACUGCCCUCAGCUGCUGCCAUUGGACGAUGUCUGUCUGAAGGAGAACAUGACGCUGGCUGAUCGGCUGUACAACCUGCAGCUCAUACAGGACUUCUGCAAAGACAACCUGAACAGCUGCUGCCAUUUCAGCCUGGAGGACAUGCUGUACGCCUCCUCCACCAUCAAGAAUAACUACUUAGUGUUCAUGGCAGAGCUGUUUGGGUGGUUUGAGGUGGUCAAGCCGUCUUUUGUGAAACCAAGAAUGCUGGACAACGAAGGCACAGAGCCGUCAUCCCUGUUGAAGAAUAUACCAGCUAUCCCCAUCUCCAAGGCAACCAAGAGGAGCUUCAUGGAAAGACCCCCAAGUCCUGAAAGACCGAGGUAUGUUCGUCCUAAAGCUAAUUUGUGUCAUCCAGGAGAGAUCAAGAGGUCAACCUCAAUGUCCUUUGUCGAUGGCAACCUCGGCACUUGGCCCAAAGAAAAAAGGUCCGGGCCUUAUGGAGUCUCUUUUGACAUCCCCUUUGACAAAGAGGACUCUGGUUCUGCCGGUCUUUCCUCUACGCGUGGCAUGGUCAGGUCUGUCAGCACUGAUGAUGGUUCUGGUUUCAAGGUCCACCACCUGCCCCACGGAAUGAAGCGUAACCUGUCCUUCCAGCCAGUGAGCGGUCAGAAUGUGGGCAUUGAGGAGGAGGGCUGCCCGGACAGCCUGGCUGGUAUGGAGCCUUGCAGGCGAGUGUUCCCCAACGGACAUGGAGGUGUCACGGCAACAACCCCCUCCAUCGAGGAAGCCCUUCAGAUUAUCCACAGCCCAAAUAGGCCCCCAGCGGAGGGGAUCAACAGCGGCUUCUUUCUGCACACUCAGGGCCACAGGGCUGGUGUCGAUGUGUUGGAGCCAGUGUCAGAGUCGGACUCCAAAGGGCCUCCGAGCACCACAGACACCACCGAGGUGGACACUGGCAUCCAUAUCCGAACAGAAGACAUGCUGGAUGAGGAUUCCUCUCUGAAGGACUGCUCUGUGAACAUGGACCUGGAUAUAGACACGCCAAGCCCGUGCCCAAGCAGUCAGAGCAAAUCCCCCCCAGGAUACAAGUUCACAAGUUUUGCCGAACAGAAGAAGAGGAAGCCUACUCCGUCACUGCCAGACUCGGGGAGGUGCAGCAGCAGCUCCCUCAAGACCACUCCUGAGGGCUCUGAGUUCGGCCUCCCGUUGUCUGUCUCCUGGGCCCCGACCCCUGAGCACAGUCCCAUCCAUCAACAAACCCCACCUCCCCUCACCGCUCAAGCAUCGCCUACACCUGUACAACUUCCAGCCAAUGACCCCGCUCAGGUCAUGGCGACGGAGAUGGUAGAGCUGAGGAUGAGGCUGGAGGAGAAACGUAAAGCCAUCGAGGCACAGAAGAAGAAAGUGGAAGCUGCUUUUACAAGGCACCGGCAGAAGAUGGGUCACUCAGCGUUCCUCAAUGUGGUAAAGAGGAAAGGAGACGGGGCUGCCAGUGGAGAGGAAGGAGGGAAGACAAGUCCCACAGUCGGCUUCGGGAGGAGGAAGACAGACACACCUGAUGGGGCAGAGCAAAGUAGCACAGCCUCCUGUUGGACAAAGUCACCUGGUGCAGGAGAGGAAGGGGGUCAAAGCCAAGCUCAGCUAACAGAGGGGGAUCUCACAGAGUACACGCGUUCUAUUGAGAAACUCAACCAUUCGUUAGCCUUCCUUCAGACUGAGAUGCAGCGACUGGCUCAGCAGCAGGAGGUGAUCAUGGCCAUGAGGGAGCAGCAACAUCAGCAGGCGUGGGUCAUCCCUCCUCCACACACGAACCCAUCACCACAAAAACAGACUCGGGCCGGAGCCGUCACUAGAUCCUCAGGACCGUCUUCUCCUGCCGACUCCCCUCGUUCCACCCACCGCUCUCCAACCAGCAUCAAGCGCAAAUCCGCCUCCUUCCACUCACGCAAUCCUCGCACCGUGCGACCCAACGAGCUAAAGCUGGCCCCGUACAACCGGGUCCUAACUGCCCCGCAGUCUGUCGACAGCAUCCCCAGGCUACGGCGAUUUUCUCCCUGCCAGCCCUUGGUCAGUGCUUUCGUUUACAUGGGGGAAAAAACUGAAACCGCCAAUCCGGAGACGGUAGCCUCAGAUGGAGAUAAAAACAAGGAGACGGAGUCACUCCUUUCCCCAGAGAGGGAGAUUGCCAGUAUAUGUGAAGCCAACUCACCGCCCAGCUCUCCCAACCUGCAGAACAAAAGAGAACACACAGACCCAGAUUCUGUUCAGAAGUCAGUUGCAGAUCUGAAACCAAUAGAGUCAUUAUUUCCUGAAGUUCUGGCCCACCCUGUGGUAGAGACCUUCACGGUGACAUCUACAGAGAUUCCAUCAAGACCAGAAGCCUCCGGCCAAGUCAAGAGCAGCUUGGUUGAGGUUCCUCUGUCAGUCGUGAAGCCACUGGAGGAUCUGACACUUGAUGAUAGUCUGGAGUUGCUGCAGGAUGAUGUGGAAGGCCCGGACCACGAACAGAAGAUAUCUCGUGGUUUCUUCUUCAAGGCGGAUGGAAUGGCAGAGGAGAACAUGGCUCAAAAGAGGGCUGCACUGUUGGAGAAAAGGAUGAGGAGGGAGAAGGAGAGCCAGCAGAGGAAGAUGCAGCAGGAGGCUGAGUUGGAGCAGAAGAAGGAGGAAGCUCGAAUGAAAGCAGAGGAGGAGCGCCUCAGGAAGGAGGAGGACAAGGCCAGGAGGGAGUUCAUCAAGCAGGAAUAUCUCAGGAGGAAGCAGCUCAAACUGAUGGCGGACAUGGAUACUGUCAUCAAACCACGACCCGUCGGGACCAAGCAGAGGCGGGGGCGUCCAAAGUCCAUGCAUCGCGACAGCAUGGACUCCCCCAAAACCCCUGUCAGAGCUGCUACAGUCUCCAGCUUGUCCCUUGCUUCCCUCAACCUGGGAGACAGCGACAGCGUUCACUCUGAGAAAAGAUCACCAAGACCAGAUUCUGCAGAUGGAUUUCUGUCCCCGAGUCGAUCUAGCAGCAGGAAUGGAGAGAAGGAUUGGGAAAAUGGAUCCACAACCUCCUCUGUUACAUCUAACACAGAGUACACUGGACCAAAGCUAUACAAGGAGCCCAGUGCCAAAUCUAACAAGCACAUCAUCCAAAACGCUCUGGCCCACUGCUGCCUCGCAGGCAAAGUCAAUGAGGGGCCAAAGAACAAGAUCCUGGAGGAAAUGGAGAAAUCAGAGGCCAACAACUUCUUGGUUUUGUUCCGAGACUCCGGCUGCCAGUUCCGCUCUCUCUACACCUACUGCCCCGAGACGGAGGAGAUCAACAAGCUGACAGGCAUCGGCCCCAAGAGCAUCACACGCAAGAUGAUCGACGGCCUCUACAAGUACUACUCGGACAAGAAGCAGUUCAGUCAGAUACCAGCCAAGACCAUGUCGGCCAGCGUGGACGCGGUGACGAUCCACGGCCAUCUCUGGCAAACCAAGAAGCCAGCCACCCCUAAAAAAGUAGUGCCUGCCCAGUCCUAAUGGAACUUGAUGCACCAAACAUCCCCCCCCACACACACACACACAUACCCAUUUCAAUUUGCACUUCACUGUAUAUAUCCAUGAAGAUUCAAGCACCUGCAAUGCCAGUUAGAUGAAUGCAUAUUUGACUAUUAAUGUUUGUUCGUUUUUUCCUCUAAUUGCAUUCCUGUCCUUGUUUUUCCUUACUUAUUGUGGACUGCACAUGAUAGGACUUAAUGAUUAUGAACUUCUGGAAUGUAUGCCACUGUUAAAGAAUGAUGUAAAUGAUGUUUUUAGAGAUUGUCAUGUUUGAGUCGAAUAAUGAAGGCAUGUGUGAGUGUUGUUUUUGUCUCAUAUGUGCCAAACAUCAAAAAAAGAGACAGUGUGAAUGCUAGGCCAUUUUACUGAAGCACUGAAUGUUUUUAAUUCAUGUACAGAUUGAGUUUUGUUCGUAUUACGCUGUUGAUGUGUGGCCUUAUGCAUGUUUUGUUUUAGCGUGUGAGUGCAAUGAGGUGAUUGUAAAACAGCAUAUACAGAGGCUUUUUUUUUUGUAAUUGGAGAACGCUUUUUUCUUCAUCUCUGUGGGUAAAACAGUAUACUAACAGUAUAUUAAGGUAUGUAAAACUACAAAGGGCCAAAAACAAAUUGCAUACAGCUAGCACUAGCCACACAGUACAUGUGUGAUCAGCUCAACAAAGCCAAGCGGUUUCAGCUUUUUCAGAACCUUUUUUGAGAAAGUAAUCUUAAAGAAUGCAGGACGUUACUGUAGAUCACUGGUUCUCAGCCUGUGGGUCGGGACACCUGCAGACGAUUUUAGCUAUAAUGUACAAUGUGUGGAAAAUAUAUUUCUAAUAUACAAAUAUUCUGUCAUGUUUGUAAUUGUUUUGUUAAAACUAAUUUCCUCAUGAAACACAGUAGUUGCAACCUCAAGACGUUACUCCUUGAAGUAAAAUUGACGGCCAGUAAAAAAUAAAAAUCCUUAACUUAACCAUCUGAUUUGUUUUCACUUGGGGUUCACAAGGAGGCUUUGCUUCAGCCAAAAUGGAUGAGAACCAGUGUUAUAGAUCACUCUGCUGCUGGUUCACAGCAAAUUUGUGAACAAAUAAAACGGCAAAGUACUAUUUAUUUUUUAUUUUUAAAUAAUGCCUGCAUAACCAUGCAUAAUCUUCACAGAUAAUUAAUAUAAUGUAAGAUUACACUCUCACCCACUGUUAUCAGUAAUACGACUCAAUUCCAAGACAUAGACACAUAAGCAGUAUUCUCUUUAUAUGACUAUCAGGAUUUAACAAUACAUUUUUGUACUAGUACUUUCUUGCCAGUAUUAAAUUCUUCAGAUUCACACUGGGUUUACUUACCUUAAAAACGUUCGCACUUAUGACACUCUAAGACAUUUUUGGUAAAAGCAUCGACCAAACAAAAUACAAAGUUUAGAUUGCUAAUAAUGUAAAAAAAAUAAUGUUGCUCUGUUAAUUAAAAAAUUCCAGUCACACAUCACAUUGUUCUGAUUCAGUAAAAUAGCCACAAUGUUUCCAUGGUGUCAUUUUCAACACAUCUGUGCAUCUAUUGCUCUUACAUAACAAAUCUGUGUUCACCAAAACUAAGCAUUAGAUGUUAGCAGAGCGUUAGCAGCAUAUUUGUCUGUUGCUUAUUGAUGCAACGUAAACAGACCAGAAAUAUGGUCAUUUUGUUAGAUUUAUUUUAUUUGUUUAAAUUUUUAAGAGAAUGACUUUCACAAUAUAAUGCAAGUCAGAAUAAGGAGGUUCCUUGUUGCUGCAUACGGGUAGAGACUCGCCAUAGAGUUUCAUUGGUGUCAGUAUCAUGUUCCUUUUGCCACCGAAUGUCAAAUCAACACCAUUUGCAGGUACGAUUUCCAACAACAACAAAAUCUGCUAACUGGGAGAUAUUUAUGACCUAAAGAAAGCAUGUUCAUGUCUUUGAAAAUGAAAUCUAGUAUGACGGAGUGUUUUUCUGUUACUUAUUGGAUGGAUUUUUCCACAGAAGCUCUGUCCACCUGCUUAUGGCUAUUUAAGGUCAAGGUGAAUGGAUAUUUAAACUGUAAUGAUAUUGUACAGUGUGUUCAUGUGAGCUCAUACCUAUUCACUAAGAUGUCUUUAAUUUGUUUAUUUGUUUGUCAGACUCCGUGCUGUCAUUCAACAUAUUGCUGAACAUGUAAUUCUUUUUUUUUUUU